UGCGGGCCAACAUGGAGUAUCUGCAGGUUCUGAAACGCGGGCUGCAGCAGAUCAGCGGCCAUGGCGGCCUCCGUGGCUACUUAAGAGUUUUCUUCAGGGCAAAUGAUGUGAGGGUCGGUACAUUAGUAGGGGAAGAUAAAUAUGGAAACAAAUACUAUGAAGACAACAAGCAGUUUUUUGGUCGUCACCGUUGGGUUAUGUAUACUACCGAAAUGAAUGGCAAAAACACAUUCUGGGAUGUGGAUGGAAGCAUGGUGCCUCCUGAAUGGCACCGUUGGCUUCACUGUAUGACUGAUGAUCCGCCAACUACAAAGCCACCUAUUGCUCGUAAGUUCAUUUGGACGAACCAUAGGUUCAACGAGUCCGGCACCCCAGAACAAUAUGUACCUUAUUCCACCACCAGAAAGAAGAUUCACGAGUGGGUCCCACCUUCAACACCUUACAAGUAAAGACAAUGAAAAAUUUAAAUAUGUAAAAAUAAAAGCAACUUUUC